CGGCCGCCGAGUCAACCCGAGACUCGAGAUCGCCGAGGCUUGAGUCGCUGCUCGCAGUCCCGUCGAAAACACCCCCAAAGCCCGUCCGUCGUCACCCACGCAAUAUUUGCCAAAGCUGCUUACUGCUCACUUGGUACUUUUAAACUUGCCAUUUAAUAUUUAACAAACGUUGCUGCCGACACUUUUCAUUGGACCGUCGCCGCGACUGUUACCGAAUUACUUUGGGGACUCAAAGCGAGGGGCACUACGACAGAGACAUGGACAAUGUGCAAAUGAUCGGCACUAAAAUCACUGCCCUCAAGGAUUACUUAUAUAAUUUUGCCCGAACGCAUUCACCGACAAGACUAAUGGGUUCCGAAAACGCAUACGCCCUCAGUAAGGAGACUGCUAAUCUAAAGUACUCUGACAUAAUUCCUAUCAAUGCUGAGGGCUAUCCGGCAACGAAGGAAUUUUUGACGAAAGUGGUAGACAUUCUACUGGACUACGUUAAAACGCAAAAUGACCGUAAUUCAAAAGUCCUUGAGUUCCAUCAUCCAGCUGACCUGAUGCGGAUCCUGGACCUCGAGAUACCGGACAACGGGCUGACACUCCAGCAGCUUCUUAUCGAUUGCUCUACUACUCUCAAGUACCAGGUCAAAACUGGCCACCCGCAUUUUUUCAACCAAUUGUCAUGUGGUCUGGACGUGGUGUCGAUGGCGGGCGAGUGGCUAACGGCGACAGCAAAUACCAACAUGUUUACCUACGAGAUAGCUCCCGUGUUCAUUCUGAUGGAGCAUGUGGUGUUGAAAAAAAUGCGGGAACUCAUCGGAUGGAACACCGGGGAUUCAAUUUUAGCACCCGGUGGGUCAAUUAGUAAUUUAUACGCAUUUCUGGCAGCUCGACACAAAAUGUUCCCGCAGUACAAGGAACGCGGGUUGGCUGCCGUUGGUGGUCAGCUUGUCAUGUUUACUUCUGAUCAGUGUCACUAUUCAGUCAAAUCGUGUGCAUCGGUCUGUGGUCUGGGUACUGACAACUGUGUUAUGGUACCAAGUGAUGAACGUGGACGCAUAAUACCAUCAAAGCUAGAAGAAUUGAUCCUGGAACGCAAAGCCCGAGGUCACAUUCCAUUCUUUGUUAACGCGACCGCCGGUACAACUGUGAUCGGGGCGUUUGAUCCGAUAUCACAAAUUGCUGAUAUUUGUGAAAAGUACAAACUCUGGCUUCAUGUUGACGCUGCCUGGGGAGGUGGACUGUUGCUGUCACGAAAAUACCGUCAUCCCCGACUGACUGGAAUCGAGCGAGCUGACUCCGUAACCUGGAAUCCUCAUAAAUUGAUGGGUGCUCUACUGCAAUGCUCAACAAUCCACUUCAAAGAAGAUGGUCUUUUGAUCAGCUGUAACCAAAUGUCUGCUGAAUAUUUAUUCAUGACAGACAAACUCUACGAUGUUAGAUACGACACUGGUGACAAAGUAAUCCAAUGUGGUCGUCACAAUGACAUUUUUAAAUUGUGGUUGCAAUGGCGUGCCAAGGGUACCGAGGGCUUCGAAAAACUGAUCGACAAACUGAUGGAACUGAGUGAAUAUAUGGUCAAGCGCAUUAAGCAAAUGUCUGAUAGAUUCUACCUGAUCCUAGAACCAGAACUGGUCAAUGUCUGUUUCUGGUACUUGCCAACACGGGUACGAAACAUGCCACACAGUCCUGAGAGGGAAAAAAUUCUCGGCGAGAUCUGUCCCAUUCUAAAGAACAGAAUGAUGGAAUCCGGUACAUUGAUGGUUGGCUACCAGCCAGACGACCGCAGACCAAAUUUCUUCCGUAACAUAAUAUCGAGUGCUGCAGUAACGGAAGCUGACAUCGAUUUCCUACUCGCUGAAAUGGAUCGACUUGGCCACGAUCUCUAAGCUGUCACCUCAGAAGUUAUUGUUUUAUUAUUACUAUCAUUUAAAAUCACGCUUAUAAUUUUAAAUUACAAUCUGACUAUUGAUACCACGAGGCAACCAUGAAUAUUGAAUCAAGACAUAUGAAUCUCUCGUAAGGUGUCCAAGUGUACCGACGGUCUUAUAAACUUAAACUGCUUUGCCAAAGACUGUCAAUGCACUUGUCACUUUACCAAAUUUAGUAAAUACUUAAAAGAAACUGUUAAAUUAUAACCAAAUCAUAUAAAAAUAUAUAAUUUAUUGACAAACGUUGGUCUUAAUUGAAAGUGGACAUGACUAGAUUUUUAAGCGACUCAGCAUAUCCAAAUAUAAAUAAAUAAAUAAAAUAUUAUAAAUAUAUAUUAAAAUAUAUGGAGAUUAAUGCAAAGUAUUUAACUAUUUAAUUAUAAAUCACGACGGAAUUGUUUAUGAAUUGAAAUAAUGCAAGGAAUUGUACGCGAGCUGGCUCGGAAAAUAAAUAUUUUAUGGCAGAUAAAUAUCGAGAUAAAUAUUUUAAAGAUAAAGGGGAUAAGUGUUAAAAGAAUAUUAGAAGGGACUGUAAGAAUCGUGGGUUUCAUUACUCUUCGUUUAAUUUUUUUUUCCUUUUCUUUUUUUUAGAAAUAACGCAAAUAGUUUGGAGCCAUAUUUUAUUUUUAAAAUUAAUAUUAUUAAUUUGACGCCCGAGCGGAUCCGAAUUACGGUAAAUUCCCGUAUUUUACCGCAAAAUGCCGUAAUUUACUUCGAAUUUGCCGUUAAUUACUAAACUUUACGGAAAUUUACGUCAAUUCAUCUGAAUGCGGUAAAUUACGGUAUUUUUACGGUAAAUAUCGCAGUAUUGCCGCAAAUUUUACGUUGAGUUGCCGCAAUUUUACGAAAAAUUGCCGCAUUUUACGGUAAAUUACGGCAAUUCAUCUGAAUACAGGAAAUUACGGCAUUUUACGGUAAAUAUCGCAGUAUUGCCGCAAAUUUUACGAUAAAUUGCCGCAUUUUACGGUAAAUUACGGCAUUUUACGGUGAAUAUCGCAGUAUUGCCGCAAAUUUUACGUUGAGUUGCCGCAGUUUUUCAAAAAAUUGCCGCAUUUUACGGUAAAUUACUGCAGUUCAUCUGAAUACGGUAAAUUACGGCAUUUUACGGUAAAUAUCGCAAUAUUGCCGCAAAUUUUACGAUAAAUUGCCGCAUUUUACGGUAAAUUACGGCAUUUUACGGUAAAUAUCGCACUAUUGCCGCAAAUUUUACGUUGAGUUGGCGCAAUUUUACGAAAAAUUGCCGCAUGUUUCGGUAAAUUACGGCAAUUCAUCUGAAUACAGUAAAUUACGGCAUUUUACGGUAAAUAUCGCAGUAUUGCCGCAAAUUUUACGAUGAGUUGCCGCAAUUUUAAGAUAAAUUCGCCGUAAAAAGCGGGAUUUUACCUAAAUUAUCGUAAUUUGUCUCUUUUGCGGUAAAAUCCCGUAUUUUGCGGUAAUUUACGGUAAAUUGCGCUAGUUUACCGUAAUUCGGAUCUGCUAAAGUGAAAUAUUAAAAGAAAAAAAAAAUUAAUAACUAACGAAAAGUAUAUUUAGCAUGAAAAUUAUAAAAUUAAAAAAAAAAUAUACAAAACCAUGAAAGUACAUGCUUUUUAAAUUUAAAUGACUUAUUUAUAUUAUUUAAUUUAAUUAAUAAUAAUUAGCAAAAAAAACAGUCAAUAUUUUAAUAAAAACAAAUUUUCUUUUUUUUUCGAGAAUUAUGGAAAAAAGAUUUAAAAAUAAUAAAUUCGAAAAUAUAUAGAUUUUACUCGACAUUAUUUAAUGACCAUCAGCAAAUAAUGACUAAGUUCAAUAAAAAUUAUUUAUAGAUGUAAUGAAAAAAAAAAAUAUAUAUAUAUAUAUAUUAAUAUAAAUUAUAAAUACAAAUGAAUAUGUAUUUAUGUAUUAUACGUUUGCGUAUAAACAAUAUAUACCCUUUAGAAAAAAAUAAAUAAAUAAUUUUAAAAAACGCGCAUGUGUAGAAGGGCAAUAAAAAUAUCGGCGUCAAUUCAGAUCUGAUAAAUAAUUAAAAUAAAUACGAGAAUAAAAAAAAACUAUGCAGUAUUUAAAGUUGAGAAAAUGUACGUCCAGUGUAGAAAAUGCAACGCAUUAUUUAAAUAAUAUAAAAAAGUAUAUAUUUAAAAAUAUUAUUUAUUAAAAUGAACGUGGUGUAUUUUUAGAUUGACAAUUAAUUAAAUUAACCGACAAAAGGUAUAAUAUUAAUGACAAACAAAAUAAUAUCUCCCGUUGAAUUGUGAAAACUAUUUUAUUGACUAAUGAUCGAUUCAUUAGUCAGAAGCGUUACUAUUUUUCCCAAACUAGUUUAUGUCUAUCAACUUAAAAUAAAUCUGUAUAAAGUUACUGUUAUUGAGAAUAUAUUUUAAAAAUAUUUAUAUUAUUAUUUCCAAUUAAAAAUUAUUAUUUUAUUUAAGAGCUUUCUCAAACAAUGUCCCCUACUUUUCAAAAAUAUUCAACGAUCUUGAACUGUCAUGGCCGUAUUUGAAUUUUAUUAAUUAAUUAAAAAAGAACUAGAGCAUUAAUUAAAAAAAGGACAACGGACACUUUCAGAGGUAUAGAUUUAAAAAAAAAUAUUUACUGCUUUUAUCAGUUAGGGGUAAAACGAAAUUUUAAUAAAAUUUUCUUGUCAUAAUUUAAAAUUUCGAAUUUUUUAGUCUGACAUUUAUUUGAAUUUCGAUUAACUUCCCGCUAGUGAUGCAAAAUGGUCAUCAUUUUUAUUUAAUUUUAUGUUCAGUCAGAUCAUAUCUGCCUUUCAUUAUUACUCCCAACUGGUAACAGCAGUAAAUUAUUUUUUUAAAUCUAGGGUAGAGGUACCAUUUGUGGCCACUGCUCCACUUUUCGACAUUUAAUCCUUUAUUUUAAUUAAUAAAAAAGUGUAAAAUAAAAUUUUCAUUUUAAUAGCGGGAUCGAAAUAUCUUCAAAGAUAUUUUAAAAAAUUGAUUAUGUUAUUUGGUCUUUUACAAACUAUUUUAUUUAAAUUUUUACUGGCCCUAAAGUGGCCAAAAACGGUACCUCUACUCUAUAUCUCGGAAAAAUUGUAGGGGAGGGUGGGGCAAAGUGGGCCCCUUAGGGCAAAGUAGGCCCCCCUAAAAUUCGGAAAGCUUCCAAUAUUUUUGGGCAAAGUGGGCCCCCCUAAAAUUUGAGAGCAAAGUGAGCACACUGAAAUUUUUUAUGAACGAGGCUCAUAAUAAGUCACCUUUAUUUUUUUACGACUAUUCAUUUAUUACUUAUUAGCUUAUUUAUGGCUUACCCAUUUUUGCCCACUUUGCCCCAUAUUUUAAAAUUCGUAAUUUAUUAUGAACACAGCUUAUUCAUAACAUUUUCAAAGUGAAGAAUUUAAAAAAAGUAAAACGAGCAAUAAAUUUGUCUCACACAAUUUUUUUAGAUGGGGGCCCACUUUGCCCCUAAUUUUCGAUUUUUCAAUUUUAAUGGACACAGCUUAUCAAUGUUAAAUAACAAACAAGGGCAUAUAAAGUAGUGUAACGAGUAAAAAAAAGUAAAGAUAAUCCCAUUUCUAGCUUACGGGGCCCACUUUGCCCCACCCUCCCCUAACUAUGUCAUCUUUUUCAAUUAAUAAUUUGACUUUUUUCAAUUAAUUAAUAAAAUUAAAUUACGGUCAUGACACUUGGAAGUCAUUGAAUAUUUUCAAAAAGUAGGAGGCACUGUCUGAGGACGCCCUUAAUUGAAAUUUCAUCUUGUAUAUACACUAACAUCUUUCGUUAAAUCAUUGUCAUUGUAAUUUAUGGUAGGACUUAAAUAUAAUAUUCAAAGCGGUGAGCAUAAUAUUAGUGAGCUUGCUAAUUUAAUUUAACAAAAAUGUUAAUAAAUAAAACGACAAAAUCAUACGUCUUCCACCCGCUGAUAAUUAAAUGUUAGUGCCGUUUGAUUAAUUGAUUAGAAAUUUUAAAUUUGUUUCCGUCACAAGUGCAACGAGAUUAUAAAAUGUAUAAGACGGACUUUUUAAAUUUUGUUGAUUGAUUGUUAAUUUUAGUUGAUAUAUUUAUUAUUAUUGUUGUAGUAAUUAUAAUCGUUUAAAUUGCCUAAAUAUUAUCCUGUAUGUGAAUAUUCAAAUAAAAUGCUGUUAUCCUAAUAAAAA